AUUCUUCUUGUUUUCCAGAUAAAUCCUUUGGUUAUUGUCAGUCCUUGAUCGUUUUGAAACAAUAUGUCGCUUCAUAGAGAUGGGAAGUGCUACCACAGUUUAUCUUGUUUUUGCAUCUCAUUGAAUGGAUUCAAAAACAACAUGGCAUUUGACAUCAGAUAUAGCUUGUGCCUCAUACCGAGUAUUUCAUUAUGAAAACGCAGCCGAUGCAUACCUUCGGGUGAAUGGAACCGCUUUGGCUGGUUUUAAAAGAUUUACAAAGCGACUGACACAAGCAGUAUGGCGACGUUAUUUCACGAAGUUAACUCUUUGUAGUAAUCUACGUGUUUGGAAUUUCAAUGGCUAGAUUCGUGCGAAAUGCUGGAAAAUUGAAUUUGUACUUUUAUGGAUGUUUUAUUAUAAGCUGCCUGUUUCUUUUGCCAUAUUGUAAUUGCACUACAGAUGAGAAAAGUUCAAAGCACGAUAGCAAAGCAGACAAUAUAAAACUCAAGGCUCUCCAUAGCUCAAAAGAUCACCUUUCCAGACACGUCGCUGGAAAGCUGAAGAAUAUUAAGGCUGCGUCUUCUUUUUUUGGCAAAGCUAAAACGCGGAAGAACGCACCGAGGAAAACGUUUGUGGAUAAAAAUGGUGAGAAGCGUGAUAACUUUGUGACAAUUCCCGAACCGUUUCCUGUGAAUAGGUUUGAAGAACAGCCGUAUUUGGAUCGACACACGAACUACGUUCCUCAACCGUACCCCGUGGAACAUGUGCAGUAUGUUGCAAAACCCAUUGCUGUUCCUGUCGAGGUUCCUAACCAGUUGAGAGUUCAGCAUUUUCAUAUCCACAAGGAUCUUCACAGAAAUCCUUGUCUCAAUGGCGGUAUUUACGCCGUGGUCCAUCACGAUUACAUCUGUAUUUGUCCUAAAGAAUUUCGAGGGAAGAACUGCCAAGACAGGAAUUACUGUUCCUCAGGCCCCUGCAAGAACAACGGCGCGUGCGAGGAGAUGGUUAAUGGAUAUAAAUGUCUGUGCGCACGAGGUUUCAUGGGUAAUCACUGUGAAGAAAAGAAUCCCUGUCAGCCAAAUCCUUGUAAAAGCGGUGGAUCGUGCACAAUCUCUGACGAAGAUGAAGGAUUUCAGUGUAUUUGUAGUUCUGGAAACAAAGGAAAACGUUGUGAAUUGGUCGACAAGUGCAAGCCAAGUCCUUGUAAAAACGGUGGAACUUGUGAAGAAAGAGAAGGAAAGUCCAUAUGCUUGUGUACGCACGAGUACAAAGGACCAACAUGCCAAGAGGAAAGGCAGUGCUUCCAGCAGCCUUGUCUGAAUGGUGCCACGUGUUUGGAGCAUGACGAAGGUUUUAACUGCACGUGUCCAGCCGGGUUUACUGGAGAGUUUUGUGGAGAACACGUUUGUCAUCCAAGUCCUUGCAUGCACGAAGGAAGAUGCUCUGUGGAAUCUGGUCAUUUUAAAUGUGUUUGUCCUCCACUGUUUAAAGGCGAUGUUUGCGAAAUUCCACAUCCCUGCCACAUUCGACCGUGUCUUAACGGAGCUCUCUGUGUCGAUUCCUUCAGCGGAUACAAUGGUUAUCCUUCAAAAUGGAACCAUGGUUCAUUGCAUUACCUGUGCAUCUGUCGUCCUGGUUAUACAGGGUUGAAUUGUGAAGUCGACGUAUGCAAGAACUGUGAUCCAUACGCCAAGUGUAUAAACAACACAUGCAUCUGUAAUCCUGGUUAUAAAGGAGAUGGAUUCCACUGCCAACGUGAAGCUCGGUUAUGCCACCCCAAUCCAUGCAAGAAUGGAGCAACAUGCAAAGAGAAUCCUCAAGGUGGUUACGACUGUCUUUGUAUCGGUGGUUAUUCUGGCUCCAAAUGUGAAGAAAAGAAUCCGUGUAUUCCAAGUCCAUGCCGUCACAAAGGACAGUGCGUGGCUCUACAGAACGCUGAUUACAGAUGCGUUUGCCAUUCUUCUAGAUACAGUGGAAAAGACUGUGAAAAAAUCACUGAUUCGUGUCUUCCUAAUCCGUGUCUUAACGAUGGAGAAUGCAUCAAUGAGGACGGAAAACCAGCCUGUAAAUGCAAAGGAAGUUUCAGUGGACAGUUUUGUGAAACUUGUAAAUGUCCGAAAUCAUUGGCCCCAAACACCGCUGAUUUGAUAUGUGACGCUGUGGGAGAAUGCGUGUGUCCUGGAGGGUUUACUCGGGAUUCAAAGGGACAAUGUUUGGCUGCAAGGGCUUACUCGCCAUGUCUGAACAAACCAUGCAAGAACGGAGGGACUUGUAGACGAAUCAGCGGUAGUCAAUAUGAAUGUAUUUGCGCUUCACCUUGGAUUGGAAACAGCUGCGAGACCAAUGGUUGUUCUCCUAACCCUUGUUUAAAUUCUGGGACUUGUUAUGUUGAGGACAAACUGAGAAAGUGUCAUUGCAAAUUGCCAUACACUGGUCCUCGCUGUGAGGAAGAUCCGACCAAUGUUGGUAAAUCACCAAAGCGGGAGGUCUGCCAUCCAAAUCCGUGUGAAAAUGGCGGAUUAUGUCAGGUCGUUGUUGGCGGUUACGAUUGCAACUGUCCAGUUCAGUUCACUGGAGCUCAUUGCGAAGUUGACAAGUGCUCCAAAUGUGAUGCAGAAGCUUUAUGUAUCGCUGGGAUCUGUCGUUGUAAGAAAGGUUACAUAGGGACUGGAUUCCACUGCGUUGAAGCCGGUGGCUCAUCAAGUUGUAAGACAUGUCCUUCAAACGCGAAAUGCUUUCAAAAUGUCUGCCAGUGUACUGAUGGUUUCGCAUUCAAGGGCGACCAGUGUGUAGCAUCUGUUAAAAUUGGUUGAAUCAAGUCUUCAAAUAAAGGAAGAAAUAAAUAAAAAUAUAAACUGUCGUGCAAAUGAAUAGUCUUCAAGACGAUUUAAGAGCAUCGUGUAUACUGAAACUCGUAUACGAAAAGUAUAAUAUAACGAUUUAUUACCUCGUAUGAAAAAUCAAAAAAUCUAAGUUAAAGUCUCUUAUAAAACGUAUAUUUUAAAUAGUAAUAUUCUGGCUGUAACCCUGUAGAAAUUACCAAACAAAGCUGAAUAAAGUGUAU